AUGCCUACUCCAACUAUCGACCCCAAGCUCACAGUGGCAGUUCUGGAGGAAUUCUCCAAAUGGGAGCAGAGAGUCAUUGACUUCGCCACCACUAGAGAUGCUCUAGUGAAGCGAUAUCAGACAUUACGAGAUAAGUCUUCCAUACUCGCGAUCACUGCAGAGGUACAAUUGGUUAGCACUGGGAGCGAGGACCGGGAAGACGUCUCGGUGGCAAUUGAUAAUCUUUUCCUAGAUACUCUUGACUUCCUGUUUCAAGUCGAAAAGCAAGGUAUAGACGAGACCAAAUCCGGCCAUUGCUUUCGAUCAAAGAUAAACCUCAUCCGAUUCAAUAUUCGCAAUAUCGUCGAGUCUGAUUCCGUAGUAGAGGCAGAGUAUCCUGGGGUUCUCAGUAUUCUCUCUGUACAUCUUGGCAGACUUACACUUGAUGCCCAUACAAAAUGGGACAUCGCCGCGAAGGCCCUGGAUGAGAUGGCUGACAAUGUGUAUGCUGAAUGGAUGUGUGCACUAUGUACAAAGGACGAGAGGCAUUGCCGAGGCGCGGGUAAUACGACGAUUCAUAGCUGCUACAACUCGGUCAAUUGGUACGAGCCCGAGUGCGACUGCCCUCAAUGCAGCGAAAGAGCUCGACGAUGUCUAUUUCGGAAAAUAGACUGGGUUCAAGAUGAGGAUAAUCUGCCCAAUCAACUUGGUGGCUUGUAUGAAGCCGAAACUCUAGAUCCGCUAGAAGAGUGGACAAGUGAGAAGAAUGAUGUCGUCGGAGAAACCUAUUGA